CAUCCUACAUGAUGAGCUGUGUAGGGUUUGCUCGACAUAUGGACGAGCACGUCUCGCGGAAUAGCGGCAUAAUUUCGUCUGGAGCUCGCAAAGUGUCCCGAUCGUGACCCCUUCCCGAUGAUGCUUCCAUGUGUAAGGUGAACACCACACAAUCCAGCGCCAAAGGCUUGUCUUCACUGAGAGAAGCCAGCUGCAGCUAUCCUGUGUCAUGAUCGUGCUACAACCUGUCGAAGAUGCGGAUGAAGAGACAUCAGUUUUAUAUGCUCUCCAUCAACCGCCGUCAAAGCUAGGCCACGUCUCUCUGGACGUGCGCAUCGAGUUCAACAUUGCUGGUCAAGACUACAUUGUAUCGCAACGGCCAGAGUACACACUUGCUGGCAAGGGCGUGACAGGCGGCGUUGUAUGGUCCAGUACACCGCUUGUACUUGAGAUGCUUCUUCAACUACAGCAUACUCCUCUGAAAUGUAUCCCGAGACAAGGCAAUCUUACGUCAAGGAAGUCUAUAGAUCUGACGCUGGACCCACAGCGCAGUCUUGUUCUGGAGUUGGGAAGUGGUGGUACGGGAUUAGCGGCACUGGUAUUGGCACAGCAUGCAAAGCUCUUUAUCGCGUCUGAUUUUGAUCCAGAGCUGCUUCGGCAGCUGUCAAAGCAUUGCUGUACACGCGAUGAUGUGGGUAAGAGGGUCAAAAUACAGCGCAGGGAAGCUAUCGAUGAGGAUGAAUCAAAGUUGUCAAAACAGCGAAGAGAUAACAUCCGGGUGCUUGAGCUCAAUUGGGAGGACGACUUUGCUACACAGGUGAAGCCGUCUAUAGUCUCUCUGCUGGCCGAGGAGAAGCGAGCUCUGCAUGACGAUGACGAUGAACCCAGCAAAGUGGACUAUGUGUUAUGUCUCGACUGCGUCUACUCAUCCUAUCUACUCGUACACCUCGUGUCUACAGUGGCAGCCAUCCUCAAGCUCUAUCCAGACUGCAAAGCGAUUCUCGGGCAACAACUCCGCGACCAGUUCGUUCACCUGGAAUUCAUCGAGCAACUCCUCGCACGUGGAUUACUAGUUCAUCGCCUCGAAGAAGACGACGACGAUGCAUCUUCAGCAGCCAUGCAAGCAUUGGAUGGCUAUGCCAUCUACAUUGUCAGCAAUACAUGACCUUACGCUCAAGUAGAGAAACGAGAGUCGCCCUUCUUGUUUGGCGUCACUGGGUAGCUCUGCAGACUGACUGGUGACCCUGCUCGAACAAG